AUGGCUAGCUUUUCUCGGCCGCUGGCCGCCAUCCAUGGGCCCUGGUAUACCACCAUAGAGUACAGGUUUGACGAGGGCGACGCGGAGGGCCUUAGGAAUGCCUUCGACAUUUCGCCUGACCACGAGAUUGUUUUGCCCUCCUCGUCCGAUCGGCCAAACAACUCGUCAACCGGAUGUGUUUGUCUGUUCAUGGAUCAUUUCACCGCCGGUCUGUGGUUCCCUAUGCAUCCCUUCAUUAUUGUUGUCUGCAAAUAUUUCUGUAUCUCCCUCCCUCAACUUGUACCGAACUCCUUCCGUCUUCUGUGCGGCGUAGUCGUCUUAUUUCGGCUGCACGACAUCCCCCUUGUCCCUCGAAUCUUCCGCUAUUUCUAUUACUCGAAACUGUCCGAAUUGGGGACCUUCCUUUUUCAGUUUAGGAUCGGCUUAGUGUUUUUUGAUAAAAUGACAACAUCCAAUAAACAUUGGAAGGAAUACUUCUUUUUCUUACGUCUUCCUGAGCGAUUGGAAUUCUUGACCCGUUGGCAGCUCGAAGUGGCGCCCCAGCCCCCACUGAAGAGAUAUAAGAGCCGAUCGGACUUCCUGGAUGCUGCGGCAAUGAUGACCGGUCAGAAGUACAACAUCCACAAGUUACUGCUUGAGGGUAUUCUUUACAUCUUCGGCUUGAGUCCGAUCCGCACCCGACUGCCGACCAACCUAGUCGAAAUCAUGAUGCGUGCACAGAUGGCCGGCAAGGCGAAGCUCUCGGAUAGCGCAAUCGAGGCGAAUGCUACUGAGGAACUGGCCAGCCGUGGUCUUCCGCGGGUCAACACCAACGAAGAUCCACUCGGGGCAAGCGAGGAGACGUCUGCGGAAGCGGGCGAAGGUGCGGCCAGCCAUGCGUCGAGUGGUGGGGCCACCCCGAGCUCCCAGCCUCGGACGGAGCAGCGCCCUCUUAUUCCUGUCGAAAAACCCUUGGGAUCAGCCUCCUUCGACGUGUCGCUGACCAAGCACAAGAGACGCCGAGCAGAGCCAUCUUCGCGCUCCGCUACCUCGGGCGCGCAAUCGGUCGAGAGGGUCGAGACUUAA